GUUGUGGUGUGGUUUUGACAGUGGCCUGCAUUUGGGGGCCCCGCAUAUAAUUGCGAAAAUCGAGCAAAAGCGGCGCAGACGAAACCGAGCAAUAAACGAGCGCAGAAACCACAAAAUCAUGAGAAGAGCUCCAACAACAACAACAGCAACAAUAUGUGAGAAAGGAUUGUUCGCCGGCAUAUUGUGGCUAACAGUGCUCCUGCUGUUGGCAGAUGCGGCGCCACAACAACAACAACAACAAUUGGAACUCGACCCAAAGGGUCGCAUUAUAUCCGGACAGCAGGCAUCGCCUGGCCAAUUUCCGUGGCAGGUGAUAUUGAAGCGUGAUGAAUGGGAUGAUUUGCUCUGCGGUGGCUCCAUUAUCUCAAAUAGUUGGGUGCUAACCGCUGGCCACUGUGCCUAUGGCCAUCAGUCGUUGUUCCUGGUCUUUGGCACCGUCGAGCUGAACGACGAGCAGGCAUUAAAUAUGACAUCAACGCAGCUAUUUGUGCAUCCCAACUACAAUGAUAAGAUGAACAAUGAUGUGGCACUCAUCCAGCUGCCCGAGCAGCUAAGCUUCUCCAACACGGUGCAGCCAAUCCAGCUGGUAUCUAGUAGCCAAUCGAGCAACACAUAUGUGGGCACACAGGCAACCAUUGCGGGCUUUGGUCUGAUCGAUGACGAGUAUUUGGAUUACUCGCAGCAGCUGCUCUUUGCCCACGUGCAGAUCAUAGCGAACGACAGGUGUGCGUCCAUUUUCGGAUCGAGUGUUGUGCUCGCCUCGACAAUGUGUGCCGAGGGCGCUGUGGGCAGCAAUAUGUCCACCUGCAGUGGCGACUCUGGCGGUCCGCUAAUCGCUUACAACAGCAACGCUGGACGCUGGAUACAGAUUGGUAUCAAUUCGUUUGUCGCCGAGGAUCAGUGCACUGCCGGCCUCCCCUCGGGUUAUGUGCGUCUAACCUCAUUCCUCGACUAUAUAUCGGAGACAACAGGUUUGAGCCUGCCUUAAAAAACAUAAUAAAUACAACAACAACAAAAAGCGCA